GCCAAACACACUGACGUGUUAGUAUAAUAUGUAACUCGCAGGGCACAAUUGAGCAGAGAUAUUGUUGGAACUACGCGUGUUUUGAUUCUCUGUAUCUGGCGUGCAGAUGGAUACCCGGCAUCACCAGCUCGUUUUGUUAAGUGUCCUAUUGGUUAUCUCCCUUUCCUCUUGUAACACUUGUGAGGUUUCAUUUGACCAGAAAACAGCGGAUUGUUCGAACCGUGGUUACCAUCACAUUCCAGUGCUAUCUAAUUUCACCGAAAACUUGGAUUUAUCAGGAAAUGAUAUAUCACAUCUGGACGAAGCAUCAUUUCAAAAUCUCACAAAUCUGAAGUUUUUGAAUAUGAACUGGAAUAAAAUCAAAUCCAUCGCUAAAGACACAUUUUCUGGACUUUCGUCACUCCACAAUCUGUCGAUUGGGCACAACAGAAUUAACAUUUUGCAGAAACAAUUCGGUGAGAUCAGAUUUACUCGUAAUUCAAUGUUGGAAUAUGUGGAUAUAUCCUUCAAUACUAAGUUGCCUUUAUACGAAGAAGCUUUGUACCCAGACGCUGUGUUCGCGUCAUUGUCAUCUGUUCGGGAGCUUCAUGUCGACCUUUUACCGAAUCCUAUAUUUGGAACGGGCUUCAGUAAUAUGACAAAUCUAAACAAACUUGUUUUCAAGGACUGUAUAUUGAUGCACCUUUCUAAUGAUACAUUUAAAACUUUCCGGAACCUCGAGUCGCUGACAUAUUUAGAUAUGUCGAAUUGCCAGGUGCAUGUCAGACACUUUGUGAAAAUAGAAAAAGCUUUCUUACAGUAUUUCUCUUCUCUCGAAUACCUCGACCUGUCCAAUUCCUAUAUAACGUUGCCGGUUGCCAUGGAAAUCCUGUAUGGCCUCACAGUAAACACAAACAACACUAAUCCUGUCAGAAAAAUGAAAGUCUUGAAUCUAUAUAAUGUCAACCCCUUUCUAUUAUUAUGGAUGUAUGACGUCGAUUAUGCAGUAAAGGUGACAACAGAGAUGACCAAAUACUACAGACAGUUAUGUGUGGAGGAUAUUAAUGUAGGCAAUAACGGGAUCGUUGAAAUAGAAGUCGGCACGUUAGAAUUUUUUGACGAUUUUAGUUGCUUGAGACGUGUAACUAUAUCAGAGAACAACUUUAUGUUCACCUUCCCUCGCUUUGCACUAAGCGUCUCACAGUUUAUUGCAAAGAGCAUAAACCUAGAAGAACUAGAUUUUUCAUACGUAGCUAUUAAGUUUUCAAUGAAUCAAAACACAGGCAGGAAUAGUCUACAAACCCAGAAAAAACAGUCGUCAUUUCGGUGCGUGAUGCCUUUCAAAGUUGGACGACAUAUGCGGUAUAUACGACUGACCCAUCUUCUUUUCCCUUUUGGUCUUGAUUGUGAUCUAGAUUUGUCUACUUGUCCUGUUUUGAAAUUGCUAGAUAUUUCAGAAACAACGAUAUUUAAUGAGGACUUUCGUAUUAAAGGAGUACGUGUUGAGUACAUGAACGUUUCCGGUAUGGAUUUUGGAACAUCAGGAAGGAUACUUCUAGGAAAUCUGAAAUGGGUUCAUCGACUAGUUAUUCAGAAUGCAAACUUAGACCGUGCCUUCAGUAACAAGAAUUACGUCUUCAAAGACAUCAAACACGUAGACGAAGUCGAUAUGUCAUUGAACCAUUUAUCUACAUUGGACGAGGAAAGUGUUCAGGGCCUGGAGGGGGUUAACAAUAUCAUCUUAUCGUGGAACUUUUUCAGUGAUUUUCCCGAGGGUUUGUACAGUUUGAAAAACCUCACGGACAUAGACCUUAGGCACAACCAGCUAACAUACCUCAGGGAGAAGGAACGAACAUGGUUGGAUAGGAUGAAUUCUCGGCCCGAACAGAACAUCAGGAUUUUAAUGAAUGGAAAUCCAUUUGCCUGUACUUGUGACACACUUGAUUUCGUUUCCUGGAUUUGUGACACUAAUGUGAUGCUUGAUCACCACAACAACUACACUUGUACUCUACCGAAUGGUUCGGCUGUUAUGCUUUGUCACGUCAAUCACAACUAUCCGUCGUAUUUAGGCAACUGUAAUAAAGAGUCUUUCUGGAUUGUGUUCGCAAUUUCCGGGAUAAGUAUUUUGUUGCUGUUACUUGUGGCAUCGUCAUUUGCUUUCAAAUUUAGAUGGAAAAUUCAGUAUUUCUUCUGGAGGAAGUUAACAAGGAAACCAGCAGCUGUUACUGAUAUGAGACAUUACACAUAUAAAUUCUUUAUAACAAAUUCCGAGGAAGAUUGCUGGAGUCAUAAUUCCUUUCUACCAAAACUUGAACAGCUUGAAAAAGAAGACGGCAUUCGGUGUUGCGUCCAGGAAAGAGACAUCAUAGCUGGUGAGAACGAAAUUAAACGGCUUACCAAGUUUCUUCUAGACAGUGAGAAAUUCAUGCUGGUGCUGACUAAAGAUUUUAUUGACACUAAAUGGUGUGAAUUUGUGUUGGAUAUAUGCCUCAGGGAACGUAUGGAAAGGAGGAAUAAUGAUUGUCUGGUAAUGAUAUUUAAAGAUAUAGACCCCCGAUGUGCUCCCGAAUUCAUUACACACGCAUACAAACACUGUAAAUCCAUCACUUACCCAGAGGAGGAAAACGACGAAGAGGGUUUCUGGUAUGAGAUACGCCAAACACUCUUACAUUAAAUUAAUAUAUAUGACUAUGUUUAUUUAUUGUAUCUUUCUGUAUAAUACCGAUAUCCCGAUACAUCUCUAUUUUUUGUUUUUGUUUUGUUUUUGUUUUGCUGUUUUUAAUACGUCAAAGACUCUUACAUUAAAUUUAUAUGUAUGACUAUGUUUCGUAUACUGGAUACUGACAGAUUUUGCUGUUAUGUUACACAGGGAUAAGGCUUCCUGGAUUGUAUCUCUCUGCAUAUUUGUAUACUACCUACAACCUGAUACAACCUUCAUUUGCUUGAGAAUUCCUUGAAGAAAUUGAAGAUUCUUUUACGGUAUAUACAUUUUAUAAACCAUGCAUGUACAUAUCUUAUUGGUAAUGAAUGGUUGUUCCAGCUCUUUCUGUUGUUAAAAUGAAUAAUACGAGAACUUUAUCAUUGAUGCAUUGAUUUGUGAUCUGAAAACUGUAUCUUUUGUAUGACACUUGUAUGUCACUAAACUGACGGAGGGUGUAAUGCCAUUCGAAUUAGUGUUGUCUUACAAUUAUAAUGUAGAUGUUCUUAACACCGACACCAGUUUGAGGAACAGGCCCUACUGGUAAAAUGAAUACAAUUUUGAGUGAUAUACUUUGGGAAAAUAUUCCGAAGAAAGUGUUUUUUUUAUUUAUUUAUUUUUUUUAUUCUGUGUUUUUUUUUUCUCUAUUUCUUUAUUACGAUAUGAAGUAUAUUGGGAUUAGAGCUACUUCAAAGUAUUUUUUCAGUGAUCCUAUCUUGAUGGAAAUAAGUAAUUUUGCAGGAAAUCGGUCUGUGAACGCGGAAUUUGCUUCAUAAUUAUUAUACGAAUGUAAUUUAUAUUUCACGUAAACAAGUUUUAAGAGAUUCAAAUUUUGUGUUUGGUGCAAAGGGAGUUGUCGAAUGGGACAAAUAUGAGUCAUGAACUUGUCUGUCUUCCUUAUUUAUGUUACUAUGCUAUAUAUCUAAUCAUUACCACGAUGUAUCAUAUGCACUUUGUGUUCUUGAUCCGAAGAAGAAGACUUGCAUUACCUGUCUGAGUUUCGUGAUGAGCAUUUAUAAUAUGUGUACAAUUCGCACUCAUAUUUCUAUAUACAUUGGGAUCGAGUCAUUACUGUCAUCUGAUAGAAUUCGAGGCCCCGUCAGGACACGAUUAAAAAGUUUUCUUCCUUCGUCAUUUGUGUAACUGUGUAAAAUAUAUGAUAAUUAGCACAAUGUAUCAUAUGCGCCAUGUCUUGUUGUUCCGAAAGUAGGGAUUUCCAGUCGUAGUUGUACUGUGGUGAAUAAAUAUAUAUGUAUUAUAUAUAUACACGAUAUUCUUGUGCAAAUUCAAUUUUUCUAUUCUUGGUUGCUGUUAAUAAAUUUGUAUAUACAUAUA